GAGUAUUAUUACAAAUUAAGUGGCCAGAAACAGACUUCUUUUUUUAAAUUACAAAAUGUUCUAAUUUACCUUGCAACUCUGUAUAUAAGAAAAGGUCAACUGAGAUAUUCGUGGUAAACAAACAUGAAACAGAUGCAGAAAGGAUGAACGCUGGCUCUCGCCCGCUAUGUAUACACGCGUAAAUACAGCUCGAGUGUUUAACCCGAAUUCCGGCGCACUGGAGGUGAAAACUAUUCGAGAACCAGUUAUUAUAAUAUAACGGCUCUUACAAGCAUGAGAACAAACAGAAGAAGUUGAGCAUAUUAUAUACAAACAAGAAUCAUUGCUAAAGUUAUAAGUUAGGAACUGCGCAGAGGAUAAUACUGUUUGAAAAGUUUUCACCCUUUAUUGACAGGAUAAUAUUAAAGUAUUCGUUCAAUGUGAUUUUGAAGUUGUUAUUUUGCUUUCGCUGACACACAAUUACGAGAAGACAUUGCUGGAUGCAAAAGAACAACAAACAAAGAAACCAAGAUAAACAGUCUGUUACAGGACAAGAACGAUAUAUCCGCUGUUGCCAAAUAUCAUCAAAGCAAUAUAUGUUGACAGUGUUACCGAUAACACGACUGAAAACAUUCUGGUAAUUUCUGGAAACUGAUUUGUUGAGAAAUCUUCGCAGUAUAUAAGAUUUUUUGGACAGUAAAGUUUUCAUAUAUCUUUUUUGUGAAGUAAAACGAAAGAAGAGUUUUUGAAAAUGACACAGAUAGAACUUCCAUAUUUGACCGAAGGCUACCUGGGUAAACAGGCAAAGUUUGACUCUUACGGGCUUACUACCGUCUCCCACCCCGACCCAGUGGUUAUGAUGGACACAGACAGGGUGGAAAUUGUCAUCGGAGCUCCAUCCAAAACGAGAAUGACGUCAAAGUUGAUCUCCAUGGAGAGGAAGAAGGAGAUGAACGAAUACCACCUUGUGAUGAGGGCUGGUCUAAACUUUUGCUUCCUCGUCCAUCCCCCUACAGCAGGUUUCUACAAACUGCAGCUGUACGCCCUGCCUCCAGACGAGGCUGGACCACAGAUGCAAGGUGUCAUCAACUAUCUCAUCCACUGUCCCGGGUUAGCUGCCGAUGUCCAGCCAUUCCCAAAGGUCUACCCACUUUGGAAAGAAGGAUGUUAUCUGUACGAACCACUCUUCUUGACGAAAGGUAUCAGGGAUGUGGGUGUGAAGUUUAGCUAUUUCAUUCCAAAGGCCAGAGAUGUGCAGAUAAAGGUGGACAAUGACUGGAAUAAACUGGAGGCGGUGAAACCAGAUGUUUAUGAAGGGUUCGUGGAUUUCACCCAGGGUUAUCCCAGUGGAACAAAGGUGAAGCUAAACGUCAAGUUUGGUGGAAAUAAAUUCGACACGCUGAUGGAAUAUACAAUUUGAAAGUUUGAUUAAAUAUAACGGAUAUUGCCCAUAACAAAAAUAAUGGUAAAUUAAGACAUAUGGCGAUAUAACGGUGGGUACUACAUGUAUAUACAAUUAAAAACAGAAAAGCAAUAGUAAUUUGAGAGAAAAAGACACUGGUGUUGAAUAUGGUCAUCACGUUUUACAGUAUAACCUUUUGCAGCUGAGGGACGGGACAUAACCCAGUGGUAAAGCGCUCGCCUGAUGCGCGGCCAGUCUGGAAUCAAUACCCGAUAUGUGUGUGUGUGCGCCUUCCUACGCCACUGUUAAUAGCAUCAACAAGCAGAUUUGUUUGUUUAACUUUUGCACACGUGGAAACGUGCUUUAUUCAUGUAACAAUCUGUUUUCUUUGUGUAUAUUCUAAUGUUAAUUUGUUAAAUUUUAGACUUUAUUUUAAUUUUGUUUGGAUGUCAAACUGGACAUAAGGAAUUGGAUAUAAAAACUUUUCCAUUUAAAGACUGUUUUUCAUGGUGUUUAAUUAUGUUUUUUAUAUAGUAUUCUUAUGGCCAAAGUUAACAUCAUCUGUUAAGUAAAAAAUGUAUAUAUUACAUUAAAUAUAAUUAAACUUAAAAACUAAAAUUUACUCUUUUGCUACAUAUAUCUUAAUAUAAAAUAUUUCAGUCUAUAUCUUUAAAAUAGCGUACCUACCCUAAUUAUUGUGCCUUAAAAAAGCGGAAAAACGAUUUGAGCCUACCUACCCUAAUUUUUCUGGCUUAUGUAAUCGGAAUCACACAUAUUAUUCUGUUUUGGCUAAAGCAAGCAAAAAUGCCAUUUUUGACCGAUAUAACAGAUCCGUCGGUCAUGCUAAGUUCGUUUUUAAAAAAUAAUUAUGGAAAAGUUAUAGAUUUUUACAUUACAUUAGUAAUUAUGUAAUCAUCGAAGUAGAAAUGUACUUAUUUUAAUUACCUAUUUUUAAUAUUAAGUGUAGUAAAUAUCAAACUAGAUCAUUUAUACGCACGUAAAAUCGUUUGUGCGUGUCUAUAUAUAAAUGUGGAACCUUCAACUAAAACAUCACAAGUACCGCACAUUUUAUCACCACAUUUACUGACUGACUUGUGCGAGUUGGAACUGAACACAAAGGGACAUAAUAUUUAUUUGAGGUUCUUAGGCUGUCUAGUAAUUAACGUUUUGAUAGGCAACUUUUCAUUUUUGGGCGAGAUGAUCAACAUGCUUUAGUGGUGUCGUUAAACAAAACAAACUUUAACUUCAACUUUUCAUUUUUGAACUUUGCUGUAGUAGAGGCAUACGAGACUGCAAAUGGACAGUUUUUAGUGUUGUUAGGAUUAUAUGUAGUUACACGGGUAAGCGUUUCCUGUUUGUUGCUAGCUCUAUAAGUAUAACUCUUAAUUCUUCUAUAGAAAGAGGUUCGGCCCUUUCAAAUCAGUUAGAAAUGAGACCACUGGGAUAUCCCAGUCUCUGUAAAAGAAACUUUUAAUUCUGAUAAUCGUUUUGUUCUUCUGCCAGGGUCGGUAUCAAUAGCACGUCUACGUCUUGCCACAGUGCAUGGGUUAUUCAGUUUAGUAUGUCGUGGGUGGCAAGAGUUAAACUGAAGAUACUGGUGGGUAUCAGAUGAUUUAUAAUACAUAUUUGUAAUUAAUGUAUUGCCUUCCUUUGUAAUCUCAAUAUCUAAAAUUGAUAUUUGAUCAUGAUAAAUUUCCAUAGUGAGUUAUAUUGAUGGUGAAGACUAUUGAGAAUACAAUGGAAUUUGUUUUUAUUGAAUCUUCAUCUUUCAACCAUAUUAAGAAACAAUCAUCAAUAUAACGUUUCCAGUUAGAUUUAAUAUAAAUGGCCAAUUCAUUGUUAAACUGGUAAUUUAAUUGACGAAACGUUGAUAUUUUAAACUUGUUGUUUUAAAGAGAGACUAUACUUUUAUUAAACUGGUAAUCAAUCUGUUAAAAAGUAGUUCUUCCAAGUAAGCAAUCUCAAUAGUUGCAUACGUAGAACUGACUUUUGAUGUCAUGGCACAACCUUUAAUUUGACGAAAGUGUUUAUCAUUAAAACAAAAUCUAUUAUUGUCCAAGGUAAUAUUAGUAUAUAAACCUACUAUGUCAAAAGUGGCGAGAAAUGUAUCAUUUUGAAUAUGAUUUGGUAAAUGUAUUAAGAAAUCUAUGUCAUCUCGUACAUAACUAGGUACGGACGUGACUAUUGGUUUAAGAAUAAUAUCUAGGAAAUUAUUAAAUCUUUGUGUAGGGCUUCUGGGACCACCUACAAUGGGUUUGAAAGAAACAUCAGAUGGUUCUUCCGUUUUAAUAUACUCACUAUUUUGUUUUAUUACUUCUUGAAUCAGAAAAAAAAAAUAUUGUGAUUCCAUUUCAUGUAGGUCGUUUGCAUAUUUUUUGUUAGCUUCUGUAAUCUUUUCAUGAUAUCCCUAUUAUUAAUAUCACUUUAUUUGUAAAAGUUACUAUUGUCAAACAUUCUUGUAUCUUUGUUUCAUAAUAUAAUGUAUUCAUUAUAACAAUAGCACCGCCUUCAUCUGCUUCUUUAAUAAUUAUUCAUUUAUCAUUUGGAGACUCCUAAGUCCUUGUCGUUCAUUCUUUGAAAGAUUAUCUUUAACUUUAUAAUUAUUGUAUAAAGGCAUAGAUUCUACAGAGUUAAUGGAAUCUUCUAAACAAUUAUAGCUGUUUUGCGGAUGUAAAGUGGCUUAUAUGUGAAAUAAAGGCCUGGUGUUAUUUAAA